AUGGAACCGACCGGCGAUAAGUCCGGCGAUUUGGAGCGCAGGCGGUCGACUCGGGCAUCAGUGAGGGUAUCAGUCGACCACAGAGACGAGGACUACGACUACGACCUUGCGCUGGAAGGAGGCACAGUUGCCGACGGGUUUCGACCGCCACAGGCUGGCGUGCCAUCAUCACCACCACCACCACCGUCGGCACCAUCCCUCACUUCGACUUCGUCCACGACACUCGUCUCCCCGGGGACUGCAAACUCAACAUCGAGCAGUAUCCGGUCUUCGAGCACCGCCAAGCCUCACGGUCCUCGGUUCUCGCUCCUCGUCAGAAGUGAAUCCAACGCAUUAUCCCGUCAAACGACGGGUUCAACCGGCUCGACCGUGUAUUUUCCCGAAGAUGGCCCAUACCAAGGUCCGUCGAGUGCAUCGCACCCAUAUCACAUGUAUACGCAGAAUGUGCGGCCAGAAAGGACGCUCAGCAUGACCACAUCAUCGACGAACCCCAUGUCGGAAUCGUCGUAUCGAGGGCCCAGGGGGCCAAGUCACCCCUACGGACUCUACCCGCAAAGCGAUAACAUCGAGCCCGGAUUGGGUCGAACGGAUGCAAUCCCUCUGGGAUUUCGAGGACUGCAGCCCGAUCCGUACCAACGACGGGUCGGACCUGAAGGGGAAGAAGUUGGCGACAUGAUCGGGCCAGACGGGCAUACAGAGCAACUUCCACCGUACACGCGAUACCCGGAUGCCACAUACGCGCGCAAGGUGGCGGCGGCCGAUGGUGCCUUUGAAGCGGCCACCGGUGCCACAAUCCUCCCGGCGGAUGUCACACCGACUUCAUCGCCGGCCCCGACUAUCCGCGGUGCAGGUGGCCUUGGAUUAGCUACGAGAAACCCGGAGUUCGAGCCGGUAGAUGAGCUCGACUCGCCAAGAUCGCGUUUAUCUACGCGCAGCUUUCGAUCGGACGAGAGCAUGCGAGGGAUCCGGUUGGACGAUGAGGCCGUGUCGGAAAAGAACCGGCCGCCCAAGGGGUGGCAGCUCUGGAUGAGAAAGAAGGCCUGUGGCGCCAUCCCGUACUGGGCCAUGUGCUUAACAGGCAUUGUCCUCCUGGUCUUAUUCGUCGUACUCGGUGCCGUGAUUGGGACCUUUCUAUCGAACAAAUCAGACCCACCGCCACAUAGGAACCCGGUCUGGGGCCCACCGGAUGAUACGAUACCCAUUUUCCCCCCUCCAGACCUACCGCCCCUGGCCACAGGCACUUUUGCUCUCCCCCUCAUGACGAGCCGGGUGUCCAACACGUGCUUUGAGGACCCGACUCUGUCGCAAGCCUGGAGCUGCCAGCUCGUCGUGUCUGGGAUGCAAAUGAGUGUUUCCCGGCACGGCGAUGAUUACCACGCUUGGCUGGACUCUAAUCGCUCGUACACCUUGUCAGAAAAAGUCUAUGCGUACGGGGAGCAGCCUCCAUCAAUCCAGAAACCGCUCACUCUUGAGGUGGUCCAGGACCGGUUCGAGUCGGCACGUGGGCCCGCCUGGUUUCAAAAAACGCUGUACAACAAGACGGUGGUCCUUCCAGAAGACUGGCUCAAUUUGGGGGAUGACGACAACAGCAACAGUGGCGCCCAGCAGAGAAGGGCUCGUCACGUUACCAUUGUUGAUGGGGAUAUACCCAGCUUAGCGCGCAAGGGGGUCGCACAGCCAGGCGAGAAGCCGUGGAUUUGCAGCUGGCCGAAUACUUACCUUGAGCUCUUCAUCUACCCCCUGCAGAACUCGAGUUUUUCCAACUGGCCUGGGUCCGAAUCAGCAUCUGCUUCGUCGACAGCCCCAGAUUCAACCACCACCCCACCACCGCCAGAACACUCAACCACUGGGACCGAAGAUGAAGCAAACAGCUCGCCCUCCGGACCACCGCCUGGUGUCUACACACCGCACGACAACACCGAUCUCAACGACCCGGAUCUUAAACACAAACAGUUCCAUACCCCACAGAACUAUGCCCGCCGGCCCAAUCCCACGCCUGCUCCCCACGACGACUACGACGAUAAAACCAAGACUUCCUCCACCACGGCUUCUAACACCCACACAACAACCUCGACUGGCACCCCCGCCAACCCGCUCGGUCCCAUCGACACGGGCAUUCCCUCUGCUGCUCUAUCGCCCCCGUACCCCCGUGUCAUAAAACUCGCUGAGCGCCGGCUGCCAGCUCCACCACCGCCACCGCCGCCUCCACCACCACGAUGCACACAAGUAGAGAUCGGUGCACACGGGGAGAAGGCAAAGCCGGUACUCGGCCCAGAUGGGAUGCCGCUGGUGGUGGAGAUCGUGGAGUCAGCGCCGUUGGGGCCGCCCCCUCCGCCUGCGGGUCCUACUACCUAUGGGGAGGGUGCUGCGAUUGACGUGAAGAAACGGGGAUUGGGGCAUGUUGAUGCCGGGGAUAUUUAUGGGAGGGAUGAGGGACCGAAUCCGGGACCAACCCCGGACCCAAAUCAUGGUCCGGGUCCGGAUGUUAGUCCGUGUGGGUGCGUGUGGUUUUUGACAUGA